AUGCAGCCUUUGCAGGUACUGUGUGUUGUCCUGGUCACCUCAUCGGUUGCACAUGCUCAGACCGUUCACCUGGGAAGAUGCCCCACACCCCCAAUUCAACAGGACUUCAACGUCACCAAAUACCUGGGCAGGUGGUAUGAGGCAGAGAAGCUGCCUGCUGUAUUUGAGAGAGGGAAGUGCCAACAGGCCACAUACUCACUACUCCACGAUAGAACUCAUACACUCACAUCACAGACUCCCCUACCUCACCUGUCUCUCUGUGUGUGUCUAGGUUUACCAGGUGAUCCAUACUUGGUUCUGUCUACAGACUACAGAAGUUUCUCUCUGGUCUACUCCUGCACAGACUUCCUUAUCAAUUUUUCCGUCGACGUUGCCUGGAUCGUUUCCCGGACACGAUCGUUGCCAAGGGAUGUCAUCAGCCGCCUCCAUGGUGACCUGGAGGCCAUCGGUGUCAACCUCAGAUGCCUCACAGUGUCAGACCAGACGUCCUGUGACACUGUGGCCUGA